AUGAACACAAGAGUCAGAGAAUAUGUACCCAAAAAUUACAUAAGUUCAGGUCUAUACAAGUCAUUCGCGUCGUUCUGCUUUCUACAAAUGAUAAUGGGCUCGUGUCGAGUGGACACGAGAAAUAGAUAUGUGACCCAUCCGUCGUCAUACCAAAAAGCAUUCUCUAUAUUAAUUAUAAUCUCAACUGGAUGCAUGUACGCCAUUGGUCAAGUUAAUUACAUAACUCGAUACAGAGAUGAAUACACCCUGUAUCUCCUUGGCUCAACACUUUUGAUAUCACAUUACACGUGCUACGUUAUAAAUAUAUUGCAACUAAGAUUCUUUAACAACGAUACAAACGUCAAAUUCGUCAUCAAAAUGCAAGAAAUCGACCGUUUAAUGAAAAUAGAUCGAAAUAAACGUUUCAAUGACAUUUUACGCAAAUUGAACAAUGCUGCGAUAUUGUUCCUGUUGUUUGCGUUUUCUUUAUACGUAGGAAGCGCCGCUUACGGUGCCAGUUCGGGAACGGCAGUGGUUUUGACAGCCGCGAGUGGUAUUGGUGAAAGUAUAAUGUUAGCAGAUCUGGUACUAUGUUCGAAUAUAAUCCAAUACUUUAUUAUGCGAAUUCGUUUUGUGAAUUCAAUUAUCGCCAACCACUUGAAGGAACACUGUGCAUUAGAGACACAAUUUGGCAACUGUUUUAAAUCCAACAGUUUUAUGAGAAAACUGGCAGCAAAAACACACGAGUUUAGAUCGUGUAACACGGACGUGUACAUAAAAGAAAUUAUGAAAGGAUUUUACCAAUUUAACAAUCUUUACCAGUCCCAGGUUAUUUAA